UGCGGCGGUGCAAAGUGUUAGAAAAUCCAGUGUACCUUGGAGGACACGUAAGGGGGAGGAAAACGUGUUUUGUUUUGGAGACCUUGCGGGAUACACACAGCGCAAGCACCGAUGGAGAGAAAGGACCAUUAGCCAUAGUCCUGGGGAAAUACGCAGAAGCAGUAUUCCAUGUCUCUUCUCUGCCCUGUUAUUGAUGGGAAACCAACUGGACCGGAUCACCCACCUGAACUACAGCGAGCUACCCACCGGGGAUCCAUCGGGCAUCGAGAAGGACGAGUUACGUGUUGGCGUGGCGUAUUUCUUUUCCGAUGAGGAGGAAGAACUGGACGAUCGAUCGCAGUCUGACAGCUUUAAAGACAACAACAGCCCGAGCAAAGACGGCCCGGUUGCGCUCAACGAGAUCGAGUACUCGGCGUUCUGCUGCCAGGAAUGUAUAUACUCCAAACUGCGAGAGAACGAGGACCUGAAUGUUUAUUCGGUGAAAACUUUAUUGACCAUGUGCAAACCCGGGGAUCUACUGGAGUUAGUGGCCAACGCACAACCCCCGCACUGGGCGAUAUUUGAAGGGGAGGACCAGGUUAUUCACCUCUACAAGGGGGAAAUCCGCAAGGACAGCUUGUUUGAGAUCAGCUGCGGUCGGCAGGGCAGGAUAGUGAACAAUCGGUACCGCUACCGACCGCUGCCAGCUGAUUUGGUGAUGCAGAACGCGAGCGGGCACGUGGGGCUCAGCAGCGGCGAGAUUUGCUGGACAAACUCGGAAAGUUUCGCAGCCUGGUGCCGUUUCGGAAAGCGGGAGUUUAAAGCUGGCGGGGAGGCGCACUCGGUCGAGCAGCGCUACUUUCUGAAGGUGCACCUGUCCGAGAGCACCGCGCACACGCUCAUGUUCCGCAGCCUGGAGGAGAUGAUACGCGAGAGACGGCGCGUGGACGCCAGUGGCAUUCUGAAGGAGCUGUCACUGGUGACCGGCAAGGAAUGAGCGCUUGGGACUCUCUGCAUGCCUUGAGCAAGGGCUGCUUACCUUUAUUUCAGGACUUUGGGAGGGUUGUGCGUAUUUGUGUGAACAUGUUUUGUCAAAGACAACGCCCCUUUUGGUUGUGGUGUGAUGGCCCCACUAUAGUCACCCUGUACCUUUAAAAUGGAAAAAGAUAAAACAUGAGGUGUGCCCUCAUCACAGAUUGCCCAUGAACCGAUACAGCCCCCUCAAAUUCGCACCCGAGCCCUGCUGCGGCAGAUGGUGACCACGAUGCGUUCACAUGUCUGUGGCAAGCCGUUUUGACAUUUAUUCAUUAACACUAACAUUUGUUUUUGUUACUAAUACUCAUUAUUCAUCAGGUAAUUCUGAUUUGACUUCUGUUUGAACUACAAAGAAGCCAUUCUGACUAGGCUAGUCAUUACAUAUAAGUGAAAAAUCAAAUGCUAACAGUAUGUAAAAUGUUAAUGUAACAGUUGAGAUCAAUAUCAAUAGCUUUUAGUACAGGGCUAUUCAACUGGCAGCCCGGUUGCCCAAUCCGGCCUGUCGAUCAUCUUCAUUCGGCCAGAGGGAAGAGUAUGCACAGGUCACUCAUAUGCCUUGAAUUGUUUUAGCACUAAUUAGUUUGUCCACAAGGUGGCAACACUGGCCCAGGCCGUUUUUUCACAGCCAAGAAAGAAAAGGAAGAGACAGAACAACAACAACCUACUAGAGACCACGAUAUCAAUAGACGCAGCGUUCACAAGCGUUUGUGUGAGGGUUAUAAGAUAUCCACGAUUAUAGCUUAAACGAAAUAAAGACAGCAUUAUCUGUCAUAACUUCUGGUGAGAAAUAGUGUAGAUGCUGGACGAAGAUGAUUAUCGGAGUUUGAAAGGCUGCACGUUCAGCUUUUCGGAUUCACUGAGCAAUUAGCGAUUAAAUCCAAUUAAUCAUGAUUAAUUACAGAAAAAUGUGUGUAAAUUAGUUUUUUUUAGCGACUUACAGACAGUACUAAUGUUUUUAUAGAUUUUGGUGUUGGUAAUAUUAGUUUAUUUUACUCCUGAAUAUGCAUUUAUAUUUAAUUUCUAAUUUUAUAGCCCUAUCCCCUAUUUUCAAUUAAAUAAUCUAUCCCUCAAAUUAAAUUAAUUGAAUAGCCCUGUUCUAGUACCUAAUGAAUGGUUACUAGUCAAGCUGGACUCGGAAUAGUUCAUAUCGGAACCACAGAUCCUAAAUGUGUACCAUUGGAUAUUUGCUUGUCAUUAUUAAAAUUGUGACAGUUGAAUGAAUAAUUAGGGUAUAGUGAAAUCAAUAAAUACACUAGUUGCUAUUGGACUACUCUAUGUAAAAAAAAGUACUGAAAGUAAAGUUAAAGGAAUAAAGGUAAAACAGCUUGCCACAUGUCUCCUAUUUGACUUAACUCCAGAGCUUUAAUAUUAAAUGUGGAGCUCGGUUAUUGCAUAUCUGUCCAGCUGCAUUAGUUCCUCUAAACCCCUACAGGCGACAACACGUGAGCCUUUGUUUUCAUUCUGUUAUUAACAAACGCAGCGAACAUUUUUCUGUUUUUGGAGUCCAUAUUUUUGUAUUUCAGUUAGUUCGUAAAAAAACAACUGUUUUUAUUUAAAUAAACGUAGAUUGCCCUAUGAAAA